AUAUGAGCCUUGUUUGUUUGGCAUUUACUUCCGCUGAUCUCGUGUUGCACAGAGGUGGGGAGGCAGGCUUGCGCUUCAUUCGCAGGAAGUCUCGGCGUUGCUACAUCGUGCAUUAGUAGCGACUCCCCGUCCUAAAUGAUUUUCUUAUAAUCUGAUCACCGAAUGACAAUGGUGAAGCAUUGUCAGACUCUGGUUUAAUGAUUGGAAUAUUUACCUUACCUUUACACAGGAAGAUCAUUGGGAGUUGCACGCAACGUUGAGGUCAGGAAACGAUGUUUAACUAUCAGCGAGAGAUGUGGAACAACCGCAAUUUUCAAGGAUUUAACCAGCAUUGUGAAUUACUCAAACUUGAAUUGCUAUUAUCCAGUCAAUAUACUCGACUGCACAGCCGUCAGGAUACACUCAACACAUUUGACGAAAAAAACACAGACCGCAAUCUUGGACAGGCUAAAAAGUCAGAGUGCGCCAGCUCUCGGUUACGGAGCAUAUGAUUCACAGUAUACAGAGUUUCUCCCAAAUCAGACGUCAGAGGCUGUGAGGUAAUGAGACUUCAAAUGUCGGGAAUGCAGACGAUAUAAUUGUCGUUUUGAAUUGUUAGUCGGCCCCCUGCCGAUGUUCUGCCAUUUUUUUUCCUGGCCUGGACAAACGUCCUAGAAAUCGACGCCUUUAGCCAGAAGCAGCACAGCCGUCUAUUGUUACCAAGACGAGCCACUUUCUGUGCAGUGAGCCAGAAAUAAUUCGAUAUCUUGAGUGAAAUAUCAUCGUUGUUUGUUGUCUAAACUGGUUCAUCAGACACCGAAUGAUCAUCUAGAGGGAAAUAGACGAGAAAGGAGAAAGAAGGAGACAAGUCAUGACAAUGAAUCUUGGAGUUGGAUUCUUACAAUAACAAUGCUAGUUGAUUGGAGCAGCAAAGUGGGUGGAACCCAAGGAGAAUAUAUUCCGCUCGUGGAAAGAGUCUUUUGACAUUCUGAAGGCACCUGCCUUCAUGUUCCGCUCGGAUACAUCCAAUUAAAUUCUCAUUGGAAUAAUUAAGGAAAAAAAUCAACAUGUGAUAUCAUUCUGUAAAGAAUAUUUGUUAAAGACGGCGAAGUACAUCCAUGUCACAUUUUCACCGUAACAUUUGGAAUAAAUGGAUCUUAAUCACAAACGGCUUCUAGAUAAAGCUCUUUAUAUUAGUUGGUAGAUCGGAAUAAAAUUUUGUUCAUAGGAGAAUACAUCCAUGGAUUUCGAUUUUUUUUCCUUGAAUGACAUUUUGAUGGAUGUUUCACCAGCGUUGUUCGUUGUGAUAACAUUUGAAGGAUUUUCAAGAUGAAGAAAUCAAACGUUUUACCUCGUACCCAUUGUUUGCGGGAGUAUAGCGGUGUAGACUGAAGGAAAAGUGACGAAUUAAUACAAUUAUCACCAUUAGGUAUAUGGUAUUUGCAGCGAUGACCAAACGUUGUCGACAGGGUCUCGGUUCGAUUCUCCGCUGCUGAGAUGUCGUCUCCGAUACUCAUGGUUUCGCCAGCGUGUGAGGGCGCUCGCCUAGAGUCAUCAAGAGAGAGGGUGGACGUGGGCGCCCAAUGUGACCCACCCAAAUGCCUUGUCGACACCGAUGUCGUUAAACCAACGACCAGCGAUGAGUUGACAAGGUCGACGUCGUCACAGGCAGUAUGGACGCCUCGCGACGAUCGGCAGCUCAUCAUCACGUCAGGCGCCGACAACAGUUUGUCGCCCCCUAGCGGUACAACCACAUUACUCGAUCAGCACACAGCCGCUGCGGCAGCUCGCAGGAGAGAUGCAUCUGCAAUUAGCACCAACUGCUCAGACGCUCAGAAAAGUAUGGACUGUCAUGGCCGGAGCGGCUGGGGUCGAUACGGUGAGAAUGACAAGAGCCAUACGUGUCCUGAAGAAUACGAAUUGGAACCCCGCGAUGAACUGCAGGACGCUUGCCCCCACACCGGGUUAUUACGGCGACGAGAUAGUUUCCACGACGCUGUUUCAACGGAUUGCCCCCCUACUAGCACAGCAACUGAUACACAGGGUAGUAGUAAUAGCAGCAGUGCAGCAUCGACAGUUCAACCCAAAGCCAGAUCAAGUCCUUUCACGUUAUCUGUGCCAGAUGUGAGCCCGGUUGAACGGAGACUCAGUAAUAAUAACGAAUUUGUGAAUCUUGCACAUCGAUCUGCCAUCGUGAACGGGGCAAUUCCACGUUUCAGUCCCCUAUCUUUAAAAGUGGGUCCCGACGGGAAGGAACCCGGACAAGCUGCCGACAUGCGCGGCAACGGGAAUCACGACCACACCGUCAAACAGAGUCGAAAUAUCAUGAGUUCGGCUGGUGGUAAGAGGAGGAAAUCGAACCAUAAUAACACAAGUUAUAGGCUUGGACUUCGGAAGACAUUAUUUGAAAAAAGGAAGCGAUUAAGCGAUUAUGCCUUGCUCACGGCUGUUUUUGGAAUCGUCAUAAUGAUUCUGGAGACGGAAUUAUCGUGGUUUGUCUACGGCAAGGUAAGAAACAAAAAUAUUUUAAUCAUUUAUAUACAACACUUUCUUUUUAUUACGUGUAACCAUUUUUUCACUUCCAUUGCAUCGUUAGAUUCAACAUAAUUAUGAAGAUACACCUCACUAUAUACAUGACUGAUGAUCAGACAUAAAAAUCCCCCUAAACCCUCCGCUCCAUACAAGAGAAUUCGAAUGAAAUAUUGUCUUACGUAAGAGUCUAGUUACUUUGGACUGAAUUGUGGCGCCUGUCUUGGGACGCCACAAAAUCACAUAAUCUUAUUUCGUUUUACAAUGUCCGUGCUAGCCAAAAGGAUUAAAGUACAGUAUGUGUGUGUUGGGGGCGGGGUGUGGAUUUUUCUUUUCAAACUCGAUAAUUGGAGAAGGUAAAUGAAAUUUAAAUUAUAUUGUUUACUUUCGCAAUCUUUUAUUUAUUUAUCAAAGAGGAAACAAAGAUCAACAAAAUCCAGUUUUUAAAGUUUGACAAUAUAAAUAACAUGUCGUUCCGAAGGGGAGUGGGUACUGAAAAAUAGUGAAUAUUGUGUUCAAUGUUCAGAUAAUUUUAUAAUGUUUGUAAUAUGUUUGUAUGCUACGAUAACGGCGAACGUUUUUCAGUGCAGGUUUAAGCCUAUAUAUCCCACCAAACUUCAACCCACACUUGUAAACAACACCCUAAUGCAAUUGCUAUAUUGAGAUGAUAUAAUUUGUAGUGAAAAUUAUCGACUGGUUAAUAUGCUCGUGAGUAAAACACACAUAGGGAAGGGAUGCAUAUUGCCUCUUUUUUUUAAUUAGGUCACCGUGUAUACAUUUCGGCGUGUACACAUGAUGGAUAUUUGCAUGCAUAUGCGACACAUGUAUGACUCGUUCUUCCCUAAUUAGUCAUACUCAAACGGAACGGUUGUCAGUAACUGCGCCUGUACAUGUAUGUGCAUGUCAUUAAAACAGAAAAUGAACUACAUGGAGGAUUGAUUUUUUUAGCACUUAACACGGUCUGGUUAUAAACAUCGGUUACAAUAUAAUUCCACUUUCUAUCUCAGUCACUUAAUGCUACAUGUUAGAAAUCCCCCCAAAAAUCUAGUUUUGUACCACGGACAAUAACGAUAAUUGUAUGAAUAAAAUUAAUUGAUUUAGAAUUUAUUUGUGAGACACAAGGUAUAACCAGUAAACUCAUUUUAUUCGGAAACUAAAGCCCUAAUUUUGCUGCACAGAGUGUCUUGGCAAGCAUGAUUUCAUGUGAACAUAGCGAACUUGAUAUCUUGUGAAGUGGUGGCCACCUUGAAUGCAUUACCAACUCAUUUGCCACUUUGUCAUAAUAUGUCAUCUCUUAUUCGCUAAAGCACGAACAGACUAUCACCCAAAACAUGGAUAGAUUAUUGAAAGCGUCUCUCCUUGAAAUGAGGCAUGUUAAAUGUAAAUGCAAUAGCACUGAGCUGGAGAGAAUGUUUGUAGAAGCAAGGUAGAAGGCCGACGUUUCACUUUGAAUGUUUCGGGUCACUGGUCCUGCUCAGACGAUUAGCUGACGAGGGCAGAGAUUUGAGAAUUGUAUUGAAAAGGGGGUUUAAAGUACACAGAAAUCCCAAAUAUAACUUUGUUCACAAUACAAUGAAAGAGCAUCGGUUGAGCGCAUUCCGGCAAAGGAAUUGGUUUCAGGAUGACGUCUAUGUGGAAACCCAUUCAAGGAGACCUAUAUUACAGAUAAAGAAGAGAAAAUAAAAGAG